AUGUUAAAGUACAAACACGACAGACAACAUAAAACCACAGCGGCAGCGACAAAACAAACAAAAUCCCGAACCGAAAUAUAAAUCCUGCGUAGAUUCCUCGUUCUCCACCUUCACUGUCAUACCAUGAUGCAAAUCCCUCUUCCCUCCUGAGAAAACAGAACCCAAAAAAUUCCCAAAAUUUCAAUUCCGAGUUAACUCGCUCUCAUGGCUCACCGUCAACUCAUGGACUCGCUCACCUCUCACAUUUCCCUCUACCAUUCCCAAUCCCCAAACCCUAACCCUAACCCUAACCCUAACCCCAGAACCUCCAUCCUCAAAUGGUUCUCCUCUCUCUCCCUUCACCAGCGUCUCGCUCAUCUCACCAUUGUCGAUUCCAGCUUCGUUCAGAUCCUGCUUCAGAUGAUCGCCAAUCUUCGCGGUAACGGCCAUGGCUGCUUCAUCCUCCUCCCCGAUCUUCCCUCCCGCGACCCGCCUUUCCUCCCGACGCUCUGCUUCAAGAAAUCGCGCGGUCUGCUGUCUCGUGUGGCCGAUUCUGAUGCUGCUGCCAGGUGGAUCUUUGAGUCCGCCCGGUUGUUUGAGUCGCGGGAAGGGGAGGAGGUUGCCGCGUGCUUGUGCUCCCCGAGGCGGCUGGAUGCGGUGGCGCUCGCGGAGGAUCUUGUGGAGGAUGUGGAUAGGUUUGUGGAGGCGAUGGAUCGGAUUUCCAAUGGUGGGUUUCUCAGAGGGGAGGAGGGGGAGCUUGGCGCGGAUUGGGUGGAGCUGAAUUGGCUUAAAUCGAAGGGAUAUUAUGGGGUUGAGGCUUUUCUUGCUAACAGGAUUGAGGUUUGUAUGAGGCUGGCUUGGUUGAAUAGCUCUGGUGGGAGGAAGAGGGGUGUGAAAUUGAAGGAGAAGUUGAAUGCAGCGGGAAUUUCUGCCAAUGUGUAUUGGAGGAAGAAGGGCUGCGUGGACUGGUGGGCGAAUCUGGAUGCUGUGACGAGGAAGAAGGUCUUCACCACCAUCAUCAUGAAAGCCGCAAAAUCUUUGACGUCUGAGGUUCUGGAAGUGGCAGGCAGUGCCUCUAAGGAUGAGAUUUGGCUACAUAGCACGGGAGCGGAGAAGUUACUUGACUAUUAUCGUCCUGCAUCAGCUCAAAGGACCAUCCCAACAUUUCCUGAUGAUACAGAAUUGGGAACAGUUAUUACACCAGUCACAUUUUGUACUAAACCUGCUGCUAUAGCCAGAGCCUUUAAUUCUUUGUUUGUGCUUCUUGAUGUUAAAAUGAUGUUAACAUCAACAUCAAGUCAUAAUAGUGAAUACGAUAUAGGAAAGCUUUUCUUUAGUUCGCUGGGCUCUGUUUGUACCAUAUCUGAUUGUAUAUUAAGAAAAAUGCGAGGGUUUCUGAUGGUUAUUUCACUUGACUGCACAAAACUCGAGCUAUUAGAGGAGGUUCUUGACAAGUCUUCAUCAAGUAAAUCUAAAGAAAAGCUUAGUGUUUCUAACCGUAGAAAGAAGGGACGAACUCGCAACACUAAAAGGCAAAAUCCUGUCCCAAAGACAUCUUUGGGUGAUAUUUCACGUGAAAAUCCACUUAAGGAUAUUGAUUGUACAAUGGACAAUAAAAUGAAGUCUGAUUUAAUGGGGUCAAGAGAACUUCCUGAUGUUUCUCUGGGGAAGGAGAUUUCUAUGGGGAACUCAUCAUCAACUGUUAAAAUGGAUGGUACUCGGGAAUUGGAUUUUGGCAAACCUCGAACCACUCCAAGAAGAAGUAGAAAAGAGAAAAAUAAAAAUAAAAGCACCGCCGUUGACUGUACAGUUGGAGAUUCUAAAAAGUCAAUUAUGCAUGCUACCUCUAGCACUAUUAUUGCUGAAGGUGAGGUGGCUAUACGUGGCAGGUCUUUUGAUAGUUGUACCAUUCCGAAUGUAAAAAAUGACAAUUCAAUUGGUAAUGACAUCCUUGCCUCAAAUUCAAGCGUUUGUAGUUCUGUUAGUGGGCUUGCUAGGGAGAACAAUUCAACCAGUGGAGUUGAAGGAGAGAAUAAUGAAAAUCUCUCUGAAAGUUGCAAUAGUUCAGGUCCUCAGUGUUGUUCAUUGUCUAAUGAAAGGAAAAAAAAUUCUUCUGGAUUAGAUACUUUGACUUGUGAUGUAGAUUGUAAAGCUGGAACUCCACCUGUACGUGCACUGAAUCAUGAUAGUUUCUUCAACAAUGAAGACACCCAUCCUUUGGACACAAGAUGUGCCGUAAAAGCUGAUUUAAAGUCCUCUAUUCAGGACAAACCAAUUAGAGAGGUUAAUGUAAAAGAAUUUGGGAUGUUGAAGGAGCAAGAUGGAUGUCUAUUUGAAAGUAGAACUGCAUUCUCAAAAUGCAGUCCAUAUGAGUGGCCGUGUGUACCUUCUAUCUAUUUUCCAUCUUUGAACUCACAUCUCCCUCCAGCCACAGAUAGAUUGCAUCUGGAUGUUGGGCGCAAUUGGCACAACCACUUCUGCCACCCAUUUGUUCCCACAUUACAGCAGCCAAGAAAUACACCAAUUAAAGGUGGAUGCAAUCAGAUCCUAUCUCGUCCAUUUCCUAUGAGUUUUGACUGGCCUCCAGUUUUUCGUGGUGGUGUGAACCCAUCACCCAAUUGUAAUUAUGACUCCGGUUUUGUGUCUAGGCGACAAUGUACCUUUUCGAAAGGGUUGGCUGUUCAGAGCAUGCAGGUUGAUGCAACAACUACUGAUGAUGAAAGAAAGUAUCCUGGGGAUAUAUUGGAUUCACCUGAUUUAACAAAUGCACAGGAGCUAGCAGAUGAGUUUGACAAUCACUGGGUCUCGGAGGAAGAGUAUGAUUUUCACACUGUUUCUGGCAUUGAUUACAAUCAAUAUUUUGGUGGUGGUAUUAUGUACUGGGACACUUCUGAUCAUCCAGGAAAAGGUUUCUCCCGGCCUCCAUCUCUAAGCUCUGAUGACAGUUUAUGGGCUUUGCGUGAAGCUGAUAUGAAUAGGACAGUGGAUGAUAUGGUUGCUUUCCCAUCUUCAUAUAGUACAAAUGGUUUAACAUCUCCGACUGCUGCGACAUUUUGUUCUCCUUUUGAUCCUGCAGGGACUGGGUCCCAGACUGUAGGUUAUGUGGUGUCAGGUAAUGAAGUACCUGGAAAUGUGUUGCAUUCUUCACCAGUUUCAGAUGCAGUAGUGGAUGAAGAUACUUCUGGAUCUUUGAGUAAUAACUUAACUGGAGAUAUUGAAGGGAAGACAGGUGAUGCACAUCCAUAUCCACUUCUGCGGCCAAUAAUUAUUCCUAACUUUUCAAGGGAAAGGUCAAGAUGUGCUGAUCAUAAAAGCCCUUGUGUUCCACCUAACAGACGGGAGCAGCCUCGCAUAAAGCGGCCACCAUCACCUGUAGUGCUUUGUGUACCGCGUGCACCACGUCCACCUCCACCCUCCCCCGUGAGUGGCUCUAGAAAACAAAGGGGUUUUCCAACUGUUAGAUCUGGUAGUUCCAGCCCAAGGCACUGGGGAAUGAGAGGCUGGUAUCAUGAUGGAAGUAAUUUGGAGGAAGCUUGUUUAAGAAUGGAUGGUGCUGAAGUUGUGUGGCCUUCUUGGAGAAGUAAUAAUCUUGCGGUACAGCCUUUGAUUCAACCUUUACCUGCAGCCUUGCUGCAAGAUCGCCUGAUUGCAAUAUCACAGAUAACACGUGAUCAGGAACAUCCAGAUGUCACCUUUCCUCUGCAACCUCCAGAGCUACAAAGCUGUUCUGCAACGAGUGCAUCUUUAUCAUUGAUGCAUGGAAUGCUCCAUGAUGAGAUAGACUCUUUCUGUAAACAGGUUGCUGCAGAAAAUAUGGCAAGGAGGCCUUACAUUAAUUGGGCUGUCAAGAGGGUUACCCGAUCUCUGCAGGUUUUAUGGCCCAGAUCCAGGACAAACAUAUUUGGUUCAAAUGCAACUGGUAUGUCCCUUCCAACAAGUGAUGUUGACCUUGUGGUUUGCCUCCCUCCAGUGCGGAACCUGGAACCUAUUAAAGAAGCUGGAAUAUUGGAAGGUCGUAAUGGAAUUAAAGAAACUUGUCUUCAGCAUGCAGCUAGGUAUCUUGCCAAUCAGGACUGGGUAAAAACUGAUUCUUUGAAGACAGUGGAAAAUACAGCUAUACCUAUUAUUAUGCUUGUCGUGGAAGUACCCCUGGAAGUUAUUACAUCGUCAGCUCCUGUGAUACAUUCAUUAAAAGAAGAGCCACAUUGUACUCCUGGUGAACAUGUUAAUGACAGUCAUUCUGAUUCCAUCCACUUAGAAGGUUCAGCUUUGCCAAAAAGCUCCGAAAUAAAUUUUUAUGCGUUGAAAGAGUCCAAAUCAGUUCGUGUUGACAUUAGCUUUAAGUCCCCAUCACAUACAGGACUCCAAACUACAGAGAUGGUCAAGGUGUUGACGGAACAAUUUCCUGCUGCUACUCCUCUUGCUUUGGUACUAAAACAGUUUCUGGCAGAUCGGAGCCUUGAUCAAUCCUACUCUGGUGGAUUAAGUUCCUAUUGCUUGGUCUUACUAAUUAUACGUUUUCUUCAGCAUGAGCACCAUCUUGGCCGGCCAAUCAACCAAAAUUAUGGGAGCCUUCUUAUGGAUUUUCUCUACUUUUUUGGGAAUGUGUUUGAUCCUCGCCAAAUGCGAAUAUCAGUCCAGGGAAGUGGACUUUAUAUAAAAAGAGAAAGAGGUUGUAGCAUUGAUCCAAUUCACAUCGAUGAUCCCCUUUUUCCAACUAAUAAUGUUGGAAGAAAUUGCUUCCGAAUACAUCAAUGUAUUAAGGCAUUUUCAGAGGCUUAUGCUUUUCUCGAAAAUGAACUCACGUUCCUAAGUGGUGAUGGUGAGUCAUCUUCAAGGCCAUCUUACAGACUGCUUCCGAAAAUCAUCCCAAGUCUUGAUAUAUUAUAAAGAUUCUCUUUACAUGAAGACUGGAAAGUUAUUUUGACUGAAAGCCACUCUAAUCCACUAUGCUGCAAUCACAUUUUUGGCCAUGGGCUGGUGUUUGCUCUGUGCCGGUCCGGCUACAACUAUUGCCUGGUUCUUGGCUUGUGCAAGGUCAUGCAUAUGCCAAAAUAUGAGUCUCUUACUCUGGUCAUGCAAAGUAUACAUGGAAGCUGAAUCAAUAACUGAACGCUGGCAUUCCAAAUUGUGGAUUGGAAGUUGAACAAUGAAGUUACUUGAAGAGCAGGGGAUGGAAGAAAAUCAUCCAGCAAGUUUCUCUUGGUUCUAGUUGCAGAAACAGCCUAUCCACCAACAGAUUAAGGCUGCGAACCUGUGAUCCUCCCUAGACUGCACAGUAGGGGAAAAACGCAUUCUUGUUCACCGGUAAUGCAAGUUUCUGGUGUAUACCAACGCUACCACUGUCUUAAGGUACCGAAUAACUUGUGGAUGCAAGAGUUAUAUAAUGAAAGAUUGAUCGAAGUGAAAAAGUCAAGACAUCUAGAGGAGCCGAAAGUCAAGAUGAGAGAGAUAUGAUUUUGAAGGAGUUUGGAAUCCUCAUUGACACAUCUGACAUGGCCAGGAAGGCGUGGAUUGAGCCAAGUUUUUGGAUAAUUAAACUUGUUAAAGGGGUGAAUUUAUGAAUUAAUGAAUGUCAAUGAUUAUGUUGUGACAUGGCCAGGAAUCCUCUAUCAAUUUGCUGGAAGUAGUCGUUGAAUCAAAAUGCCAAUGACUAGAAUCUGUUUAUGUUGGACCAUACUAUGUUGGUAUAACACCACUUCAUUGCAAAGUACCCGUAUAAUCAUAUCCAAUUGUGUAAA